AUGACUGUCAACGGGGAACUUCUUACCGGUCUCGGUAUCGCACUGGCCAUUUUUCUUUCGAGCGUCGGCGCUUGUUACGGAUCGGUCUACGCCGGAGUCUUUGCGUUGCGCCACGCUUCCCGGGGUAUUCUGUCCUUCGCUCCCGUUGGGAUUGCCGGGGUCUUGGCCAUCUACGGCACCAUCAUUUCCAUGCUUUUGUGCGGCAAGUUGGGAUCCGACCAUACUUUGUCCGCAGCAGAAGGAUAUCGCUACUUGGCGUCUGGUCUGAGUGUGGGUCUCGCCUGCUUCAGUAGCGGCCUGGGGAUCGGCAAAUUCUUGCAGGAACACGUGAACGGUGCUUCCUUGUAUACCACCACCAGCAUGCUUCCGCUUUUGGUUGUUUUGGUGUUUUUGGAAGCUAUUGGCUUGUAUGGUUUGGUCGUGGCUUUGAUUUUGCAAAAGGAUUCUGCCUAGCUGGACUUGGUGAUCGACGAUGGCAUUGAGUACAAUAUUGAUUUAUUGCAUUGUAGUAAUCCCGUAUAGGAUCAACGUUCAAUCU